AUGUCCCGAUCAAAGUCAACACCUGGCGUCGCAGAGAUCAUCUCAAAGGCACCAUCUCUCCGUCAUUUCACGGUAACUUCAUCAACGCGGAUUGCAACGCUAUGGUCAAAUUACGGUUCGAUAGACCGUGUCUACGUGACGAGAACAGGAGGACCAAAUGACGAUGACAAGUCUACAAACGCAGCUCAAUCCUCGAUUAUUGUAAAGACGGUAGCUCCUCCUCCAGUUCGUGGGGAUGCAGACGAAGGCCAUUUGCGCAAACUGCUCUCAUACGAAGCAGAGCGGUUCUUCUAUCAACACCUCUCACACAGUCUUCCAGCCGGAGCAAAGGUGGCCAAGGUUCAUCCCAUCGACCACAGCAAGGACGACGAGCUACCCGUGCGCUUGAUACUAGAGGAUCUCGCCACAGAAUUCCCGAAUCCAGCUUGGGGAAGCCUUGGAAGAGAUGAUGCGGUAAUCGUACUCGAUUGGCUAGCUACCUUUCACGGUACCUUUUGGAGUCUUGCCCGCAGCAGGGAGAUACGAGACAACGUGAUCCCUCCACCACUUCAGUACAACGUCGGCCAGCCUGUGGGAGUAUGGGCUCAAGGAACUUACUGGUACUUGGAUACUCGACGUGAUGAGCUCGACAGCACCGAUCCAACAGAGUACAGUUGGUUGCUGAAAUGGACCGAGAAGGUCGAUUCUGCCCUCAAGAAAGCUGCCGACCAAUAUGGCUCGCUACUCCACGGCGACGUCAAAGGUGCCAAUAUCGUGUUCUCGAAGCUAUCUUCAUCAACGCCUAAGAGGUGCGCCUUGUACGACUUUCAAUAUGUAGGUGUCGGGGCCGUUACCAGAGACUUGGUAUACUUUCUGGGCACAUCUGUCCAAGGGAACCUCCUUCGACGGAUUGAUCAAGAGAAGGAGCUCCUUCAAUCCUAUCAUAAUACCUAA